GAAAAACUACUGAGCAAACUAGAGGAGAAUGAACCAGAAUUAGCAACAUGUCAAGAAGAAGAGUGUGUGAUCUGCAUACAUGCCAAGGCUACCAUGCAGACUGCUCCAUGUGGACAUCAGGUGGUGUGCAGGAAGUGUUUCGUGAAAACCAUCCAGAUAGCUGUAUCGCAGAGACUGUUACCAUUACGAUGUGUGAUUUGCAGAGCAAAAAUACUACGCCUCAAGUUUGUACAGUGUUAGUAGCGGGGGAUCUUCAAUAUCUUCCACAUCAUGUUCUUCCGAGGGUAGUAAAGGUGGCGGUGGUGUGUGUUGCAACGGUCACUGCCUAG